ACGUGGAAAUUAUCAGUAGAGUAGAGUCUAAAGUUUAUCAGUUUAUUUUCAGUUUAUUGUAUAGAAAUAUGUAAACUUGUCAAAAAAUGACAUCCUUGACAGCUAUUCCUCUAAUAUCCAGACUGUCAAAUAAUGUCAUUCGGAUCCUUGGAUGCAAUCCUGGACCAAUGACUCUUCAGGGAACGAAUACAUACCUCGUUGGCAGUGGAUCAAGGCGAAUUUUGAUUGACACGGGUGAUGUGGACACGGCGCCAAAAUACGUGAAAUUAUUGAGUCAAGUUUUGGAUGAUGAAGGAGCUUCAAUAGAGCACAUGUUAAUUACUCAUUGGCAUCACGAUCACAUUGGAGGAGUACCGGCAAUUCAAAAUUGUUUAAAAACAAAGAAUCUAAAGUCAGUGACUGUUUGGAAAUUGCCAAGAUCAUCGACAGACACUGCUAUUACAAACGGGGAGAAAUUUGAAUGGAAUUCAUUGAAUUGCGAUCAAAUGAUAGAAGUUGAAGGCGCUAAAUUACAAAUAAAACCAACACCAGGUCACACAACCGAUCACUAUUGUCUAUAUAUGGAACAGGAAAAUAUUCUCUUCAGUGGAGAUUGUAUUCUAGGUGAAGGUACAGCAGUUUUUGAGGAUCUACACGAUUACAUGAUAUCAUUGAAAGAUAUAUUGAAAUUAUCACCGUCGCUGAUUUAUCCAGGACAUGGUCCUGUUAUUAACGAUCCUGUGCCUCGUAUUCAAUAUUACAUUCAGCAUCGUCAGCAGCGAGAGGAUGAAAUUCUCAAGUGCUUGCAGAAUGCAACUGAACCCAUUUCUGUGAUGGAAAUUGUACAAAUUGUUUAUAAGACAACACCAAAAGAUCUUUGGCCAGCAGCUUCAAUAAACGUUAACCACCAUCUUGAGAAAUUAAACAAAGAAGGUAAAGUGAUAGGACAGAAAAAUAAUUGGUUACUAAACAAACUUUGAAUGGUAUGUGAUCUUAAAUUCUAAACUAAAACUUUGUAAAUAGAACUUUAUAUAUAUAAUUUGUAAAAUUUUAUACAAAUAAAAGUUGUAAAUCUCACCAAAAAAAA